CGCGACGUCAAUUUUCUGCGACUAUCUGUAAUAGACACUUCCCAUGUGAACAACUUUCACCAAAAUGAUCCUUAAUUAAAGGUUUAAAGUGGGAUGGUGACAGCAGCUGCAGAAUUGUGAGAAAAAAGCCGCGUCUUUUCCUGUCUGUGGCUACCAUCUUUGUCUCUCAGACCCAAUGGCCAGCCGCCUUUUGGGCAGAUGUUCCCGUCUGCUCUGCAGGUCGUCCUCCCAGGCCUCAGCUGCUGCUGCUGCCGCUCACCUACCUCUACCUGCUGCUGGGCCUGUAGAGUUUCAAAGGGCCAAGGCCUGGCCAUGGGUCACAGAGAGGUCAAUGUGCGAAAGAACAACAGUUAACAAGGAAGACCACUAUCCAGUGAGCCCUACUCGCACCCAGCUGGAUGAGCUGGUGGACAAGGCAACAGUGCCAGAGGACAUACUGUCUGCUUGGGCAGAGUAUGAAGGAAAUGGGAAUCAAGCUGCCAGUGCCCUCAUGAAGUGGGCUCAGUUGAUGCUAAAGACGAAGGGGAAGUUUAAGGGACACCAACCAGAAGUCAUGAUGGAUUCAAGGCUACUGAAUAUGAUGAAUACUCUAUCUCGGCAGGUGUCUUCUGUGUGGAACAGCAAUCUAGUGUCUGUCUUGCGAACUCUCUGGAUUAUGGGAGUUCCCCCUGAUGAUCCGGUGCUCAGUUCUGUCCAGAUGGAGGUCCUGUGGAGAAUCCGAAAGCUAGCAUACAAGCAGCUGGGCUACUUGGUAGACUGGGGAGCCACCAGGAAAGGACAGCGUGAUGUUGAAAUAGUAAACACUGCGCUUAAACAACUGGAACUACGCUGGACUGAAAUCGCUGAUGCAAAAGCUGUCAGCUCGCUUAUAUCCAAAGGAGAACGCAUGUCAUCUAGUUUGAUGGACAGACUGGAGGACAAGGCUUUGGAGCUCGCAGAGGGCUUUUCAGGGGAGGAUAUUCGCAAAGUCUGUGUAACUUUGGCAGCUCAGAGUCGCAGAAGUGUCCCACUUCUAAGGGCUCUGUCCUACCACCUCCUCCAGAAGCCCUCAACAGAGUUCACCACACCUUUGAUAAUGGACAUGGCCUUUGCAUACGGGAAAUUGAGUUUCCACCAUUCUCAGGUAUUUCAGCGAAUGGCCUCAGAGUUGUUGCCUAGAGUCCCUGAGCUCAGUUCUGCUGAUGUCACACGAUGUGCUAAGUCGCUUGGUUUUCUCAAAUGGCUCCACAUGCCUCUUUUUGAAGCCUUUGCUGAGCACUGCACAGCAAACAGCAGCAAGUACAGUACUCCUCAGCUGUGUAAUCUGCUCAUGACUUUUGCCAGAUUGGGCUUUCAGCCCAGCAAAGGAGAAGAGUUCUUUAACAAGGUGCACUCUGUGUUGGAGGAGGCUCUCUCAGGCCUGGAACCCUUUCUGAAAACAGAUGUGGUUUGGUCCCUGUGUGUACUACAGCAGGCUAAGCCCCACUAUCUCAUUCCCCUCAUACAACAAAAUCAUGUUACCAAACUUUCAGAGGGCAGUCCAGCUCGAGUGGAGAACUACAAGCUGAAGCUCUUGCAUAUUGCUGCUACUCUCAGCUUAGAGCAUCCUGGCUCAUCAGAUACUCUGUCCUCUCAGAGUGUCCUGUCUGUCCCGGCCAACAACUCCCCCCUGUCCACUGUGCAGAGCACCCUAAGAGAAACAUUACUGAAGUUGGUGGGUGGGAAGUCAGAGGCCCUCCGCACAGGUGUUGACACAGUGUAUGGAUGGACUGUUGAUGGUGAACUGAUUGUGGAUUCUGACAACAAACCACUUGACAUAUUAACAAUUAAAGCCCCUCAUCUACCAAGUGGAGGUGGAGAUCAGGCUUUACCCGUUGGAGCACGACGGGUAGCGUUCUUAGCUUGGGAAUUUCCCAACUUUGGCUCAAAGAGUAAAGACCUUCUGGGACGUUUUGUCAUGAUGAAGCGACAUCUUCAGCUGGCUGGCUUCAUCACAGUGGAGGUGCCAUAUUAUGAGUGGCUGGAGCUGAAGACAGAGUGGCAGAAAUUAGCCUACCUCAAGGAUAAAAUGGGGAAGGCUGUGGCCGAGGACAUGGCCAAGUGAACCAGGCAACAUUUGCAGGCUCAGCUAAAUCAGAGCUUUCCCAAUCAAAUGGGACCACAGGGAAUACUCACACCCACGUUCACACUCACAACAGAGCAGCAUUGCAGAGAAGCUCUCAUUUACUGGCAGGAAAAAAAGGAAGAAAAAAACCCCCAUAUUUUCAAUCUGGUUCCCUUGGAAACGUGUGGGGCUUUCCCUGUUUCCAUGGUGAUGACAAAAAAAGAGUUUUGGAGCCAGAGAGCGACAGAAAUAAACACGGGGUCUUCUGCAGAAAUUAUAUGAUCGAAGACUAAGUCAUCUGUGGUGACGAGGCAAAACAGAAGCACUGCAGUUGUGUUUAAAUUUGGUCCAAAUUGUUCCAAAUACCAGAGCGUGAAUAUAUUGAAAUAAUUUAUCUGUGAAUGUGUGUCAUCUUGUGAUGGAAUAAAUUGCUUUGUAGCCAUUUUUA